CUGAUGGACCAAUAGGAGAAGUGCAGAAAAAACGCGGAGAAUCGAUCAAAACAACAAUAUACCCACACUGGCGGUUCGAAAAGCUUCGCACGGCGGAUGGAAGAGGAGUCGGAAGAACAAGGAAGGAUAGUCGGUAGACGAGAGUUAUGGAUUAAGGUGCACAAAAAGAAGGAUGGCUCAUAUAUGAAUGAUGAAGCAAGAGCAAUUGGUGAAAGAAUUGAGGAAAUUGAGCAACAGGAUGAGUCUGCCAGAAUGUUGUCUCAAAAUGACUCCAUUGCUCAGAUUUUCGGAAAAGAAAAACCGGGUAGAGUACGUGGUAUGGGUUUUGGACCGACUCCUAGUCAACUAUUCGGUCCGAAUUCACAUGCGCCUGUCAACGGAAUCCAACUAGAGGAGAUCCAGAGGAGGCUGCUUGAACUGCAGGCAGAGCUGGAAGGUGAGAAGUUGAAGAGGAAGGCGAUGGUGGACGAGGCAGCAGCAGGGAAGAAAAAGAUGAAAGUAAUGGAGGACGAGGCAGCAGCAGAGAAGAAAAAGAUGAAUGCGAUGGAGAGUGCUCUGGUUUAUCUGUUUCAAAGGCAGGGUGUGGAGCUACCACCAGACAUCGCUGCAGGGAUGAGUUUCAUGGAAUGAUAGAGUUAAAAUAGAAUAUUAGGAUUGGAGUGAUUUUACAUUAAAGUAAACAUUUUAUUGAAU